ACCCCGGGCCCUGCUGCCGCCGCUGACGGCACCAUGGAGGACGGCGAGGCGGGGGAGCCCUUCCCCGCGGAGGCGCACGCCGCCGAGGCCAUGGCCGCCGACAUGGACCGCUGGCUGGUGUUCAAUUCCCGCAACCCCCGGUCGGAGUUUGACGACUGGCUGCAGAGCAACAUGCCGUCGCAGGUGUGCCGGUUCGGGGACGAGGAGAGCGGGACCGGCUCGGUGGGGUGGAUCUCGGUCCGGGGCCCCCAGCAGGACAGCCCGGGGGACAGCGACGUGGACGUGGAGGGUCUGCAGGACAGCUGGGACCAGCUGCUGGCCAGCGGCCGGCCCGUCACCUUCCACACGGUCCGGGAGCUGGCGCUCAACCACCGGGUGCUCUCGGGCAAGUGGCUCAUGCACCUGGACCCCGGGUUCAAGGUGGACCGUGCGUGGGAGUGCGUGGCCAGGGCGACGCACGAGGGCAAGAUCCGGAGCGUGAAGGUGAGCCCCUUCAACCCCGGAGGGGGCGCCCAGCACGUCAUCUGCGUCUACAACCGGGACUUCACUGAUGAGGCGGAGGUGGUCCGGCUGGACUCCAUCAUCCGCGCCACGGGGGUCAAAUGCCCGCUGUACUACAAGCCCAACGUUUACACCCACCUGGGCAUCUACCGCAGCAACCGCUGGAAGCUCUGCCCCACCAUUUACGAGAGCAAAUACGACCUGGAGUGCGUGCCCCGGCGCUCCCACAUCAUCAAUAAAGUUACCAAUCAGGAAGUAACAUAAACACAUCUGAAGAAGUGGCCAGGACUGUUUUAUGAAGAGGCCUUUAGUCAUUGCACGCUGCUUGGCUCAAAUGCUUUUCAACCUAGUAAUUAUAUUUUCAUCCCAAGUUCUUCCAUUUUUGCAAAGAGAAAUGAUUGACAAUAUGGUGAAAUCUUGUUUUGAUGCAGUUAUAUUUCAAUUUAAAUAAAUGCCAUCCUGGUUUUUGCAGACUAUAUUGUAAUAAAAGAGCAGCGACUAGAUUUAUGUUAAAAGAUCAGCUCUGAACUGACUUUGUUUCUCCUUCUUUAUACCAUCUGUGCAUGUUUUCAGUGGAUCAUUUUUAUUUUGUGUUCUUGAGAAAACAUACAUGCAUUUGGUUAGUUUUUGUUUUGAACUGAACUAUAAUUGCAGCCUUGCCAAAUAAAAUACUUUUGAAGACCGUCAAAAAAAAAAAAAAAAUAAAUUGGAAUAAUCAUAUUAAUCAAGUUUGCAAAAGAUCAAUGAAAAUGCUUGCCAUACUGAAAAAGGUUUGUCCAUUGAUCCAUCCCUCUGCUCACUUGACUGUAUUAUAGUUUCCUAUUUCCAUAUAUGAAUUACUGCAAUAUUGUCUGGUCUGAAACU